AUGGCCGCGCAACGAGCACUGAAGCGCAACAUUAUGAUCUUUGCAAGCGAAGUGCCCGUCAUCAGCGCCCUAAAUCCGUACCGUAAGAUUGAGGACGUGUUCCUAGAUGUGUGGCGUCGUACAAACCCGCAGCAAAUCCUUGCCUUGCAACAGCAGCUCGCGUUAUCCCUGCUUAGUCCAGAGGCAAAGAUGCAGGCUAUCGUCGAGGAUCUAGGGGUUUCUUCAGCCAUUACCAAGCUAGUUCAAGAGGCAUCUGCAGCCGAUACAAUACAUCAGGUUGCUCAAGCUCAAGCACAAGUAGCGCAAUCUUUGCCAACCACGAUUCCAGUCGACGUCAAAGCUGAAGUGGUGCAGUUCGUCACCUCGACAAUGCACAAAGGCUUUGGUGUAAAACAGGAGACUGCAGGUAUCGAACAGUACGAGCAGAAGAGAAAAGUUGUGGUGAAGGAGAGAAAUCUCAAGUUUUUCAAGAAAAAAGUAGCUGCAAUAGGAAAAUUUGACGUUUUGGUGGGCGGUAAAAUCGACGGACAAGCGGACGGGAAAGUGAUCGAGGUCAAGAACAGACUCAAGAAGUUCAUUUCGCCAUUGCCAAAGUACGACAUUGCCCAAUUACAGACGUAUCUGUACAUAUUAGGAGUGCGAGAAGGGGAGUUGGUGGAGCAUUUACAUGCUGGAAAGACACAGACAAAGAUGACGAAGGUGUUGUGGGACGACAAAAUGUGGAGAUCAGACAUUGAACCGAAUCUUGUAAGGUUUGGAAGUGCUUUGACGUACUUGAUGAAGGACAAAACAGCGCAAAGCGACUAUCUACAGUCGGAAAGUGAUCAACAGCGAGAGAUUAUCAGAUACUUUUGGAGUCAGGAGGUGCAGCGGAUGAAAUGA